ACAGCCCUUAAAAGUUUUUAAUGAAAGAACAAUGACUCCAAAGCGUGGCUCGUCAUGUUGUCUCUAUGGUCGCAGUGUCCGAACCCCUUAGCGUUAAAAAACGCAGAGGUCCGAGCGGGACCGAGGGGGUGCGGCGUGCGCGUCACGUGAGCCGCCGACUGCCCUCCGGAGUGCUGCGGCCGCUUCCCGUUAUCCUGGGGAGGGGGGACAAUGAGGCGGCGGUAUGGUUAGGACUCAUUUUCUGUAACAGAAAACGUUUAUGUAAGCAAAAGAGCAUGGCCAAGAAUUAACGACGGGGAGACACCGUGGCAGAUGAUGCUUAAGUUAACUUAAAAACCAUGGCCAUAAGGGAACUGAAAGUGUGUCUCCUUGGGGAUACAGGAGUUGGUAAAUCGAGUAUUGUGUGUCGUUUCGUACAAGAUCAUUUUGACCACAAUAUAAGUCCAACAAUUGGCGCAUCUUUUUUGACCAAGACUGUUCCUUGUGGAAAUGAGCUUCACAAGUUUUUGAUUUGGGACACUGCAGGGCAGGAGAGGUUCCACUCCCUGGCCCCUAUGUACUACCGAGGGUCAGCGGCUGCUGUCAUUGUCUACGACAUCACAAAACUGGACUCCUUUCAGACACUGAAAAAAUGGGUGAAGGAGUUGAAGGAGCAUGGUCCUGAGGACAUCAUUGUGGCUAUAGCGGGGAACAAGAAUGACCUGAGCGAUAUCAGAGAGGUUCCAAUGAAAGAAGCCAAGGAAUUUGCAGAGUCUAUUGCUGCCAUUUUCAUUGAAACCAGCGCUAGAAAUGCCGUCAAUGUCGAGGAACUCUUUCAGAAAAUCAGCCGGCAGAUCCCACCUCUGGACCCUCAAGAUGUAGAAAGCAACGAAUCCUUUAAGCUGACACGGCAGCCGGCGACAGUGCACAAACGCUGCUGCUAGUGAGAUGGGCCCGGGGGAGUGAGACCCCCCCCCCCCCCCCCCCCCCCCCCCCCCCAGCUCUUUUAAAGCCUCUUAAGCACAUUACACUCUGCAGCAAGGUGCACUGGGCCAGUCAGUUCCCUGUAGAGAUUCCUAAAAGAGGAGGGGACCCAGCAUUAGAUCAGACUCAAUAUCAGCAAACAUUCCAUGAAACAUCCAUCCUAUUUAUAACACAUUCACCUUAAUUUAACAGAAACUUCAUUAGGAUUCCUAAUUAGACUUGAUCUCCCUAUAGCCUGUAUGAACAAAAUUAUGAACAAAGAUGUGUGUGUCUCAUGUUUUGAAUGAAUUGCACCCUAUCGAUAAGAAACCUCUUAUUAUAGAGCUAUGACUUUUUUAAUUUAAAUGUAAAAAAUAACCUUGAUAACAUACAUUUAUAUGUUGGCAGUGGAAUUAAAAGCUGAAGUUUAAGAAACCAGUUGUGUCCAGAACCAGACCAGUAUUUUAUCUGUUAUUUUUAAAAUGAAUAGGUACCCAAGUCAUAUCAUAAGGGCUGUUUUCAUCUUUGUGCAGAGUUACAGAAUAUACGUUUUUCUUACCUUUAAUUCUUGUAAAGAUACUUCACAGGAAUAUACGCGAGCUGAUAAUGUGCUUUGCAGUGAUAAUGAAAACUUACAUAUUUUCCAGUGUAUCUUGCUGGCUAGUUCAUUCCAGGGUUGCAUUGAGCUUAGUGGCUAGCAAUACCAAAAUUAAAGGCUUUCCAUUCAGUCUGUCUUUAUAUAUACAUUCUACAUGAAGAUGACAGUCCUUCUCAUUCUGUGACUGUACACUCAAUUGCACUAAUAUGCCUUUGGGUCAUUCUCACAAACUAAACGUUAAUGUCAUGAAAAAAAGUUAAAAUGAAAUACAGUGUUUAUUUUUUGGGUAGAACUAUUGACAUCACCUUAACUUUUUAGGUAUAUUAAAACUCAUUAUUGCUCCGGUUUAAUGAUUAUUUUAGCAUUUUGCUCAAAUAAGUAGCCAAAAUAUGACUAACAGUUUUAUGAUCAAAUAAAAAUAAGAUGGUUUAAAAUCCUUCAAAUUUAUUGAAUGUUACCCACAAUAAACAGUUUGUAUGAUCAAACAUACAUUAUUUCUUCCGUUAGUUUUUUGUUUCUCAGCUCGUAAAUCUUGCCAUGGCUUUGAUGAAAUACUUUUAUUACAGAAAUAAGUGCUAUUAUAAAACUGAUUAUCUGUCCCAGAGUUUAGAUAAGUCUUGUAUAAUUUGAGUCUGUCUUCAAAAUAAUUUGAAAAAUUAUGUAAGUUACAAUAAUGAGUUUGUGAGAACAGCCCCCUUCCUUCCAGUUUUGGUCAGAUUUGAUAUCCUGCUCAUUUUCUGUUUUGUCCACUUAACCCAUAAAAACAGCUAAUUCUUCUGUCAUUGUUACUGCCUCUCCUGGUACUAUUUCAACAGUGUUUACAGCAAGGUCACCCAUGUUAAUGACCACACUUUAACUAUAUGUUAACCUUUUUAACCUAGGUGAGGUAAAUCCUUAUAAUGAUUUAGUCAUUAUAAGAUGAGUUAAAUAAUAUCUAGCAAAGUCAGUAAGGACUAGAAG